CUCACAAUGGACAGAAAGAGUUUCUUUGCAGUCGCUGGAAGAAUUCUUAUUGCCUUUGCAAUUCUAAGCCUGAUCUCUGGAAUUUUUGCCUUCUUCCCUGUUUUUUCCUACAAACCUCAGUUUGUUGGAUGGAGCGUUCGCAUUGCUUCUCCCAUCUGGAAUGGAGCUUUGGCUGGAAUUGCAGGUGUGCUGGUUGCUCUGGCUGAAAAACAAUGGACCCAAAGAUACCUGUGGGAAUCUGGUUUCACAUUCUGCAUCUUCAGUAUCAUCAGCUCUCCGGUCCAAGGCGCCAUUGCCAUUGCAUCCCUCCUUUAUGGACCUUAUUGCUACUACUCGUUUGCUGGGAUUUCAGGAACAAACUACCUUGGCUACGCUGUCCUGUUCCCUUUUCCUUACAGCAAGUUCGCCUCUGCCUGCAAGGACCCUUUGCACUAUGAGUGGUAUCAUGUGGCAUUGCAGAUUCUGGACUUCUGUUCUAGUCUUGCCAUACUCUGUGCCUCUGUGGCUACGGUGGUGAAACUCACAGUGAGGCUGCUGCAGUUUGGACAUUUAAAUGUGAGUAUUAACCAUUGCUGGAGACAUACUUACUCACUGCAGUGCAUGUAA